CGCGUGAUCCCUCUGGGGCCUCCUCUUUUCCGGCCCCCUAAAGCUGCUGAGCUUUAAAUUCAGUACACCCGGUUGGGUUUGCUCCUAACUCCUGUGCAGCUAGCGCUUGGCUGCACUUCUCUCUGAACACCUUCCACAGGAGCCGGCACCGGGCUCUGCCUGCCUACUGGUAGCGAUGGGGCUGUGGGGCUGCUCGCUGCUGCCAGUCCUCCUCUUCCUCCUCUCUGAGGUCCGCGAUGCAGCCUCCGACACUCCCGCCAAUUGCACUUACCCGGAUCUGCUGGGCACCUGGGUUUUCCAGGUGUCCGAGGGGCGGGGGCCGCAAGAUAACCGCAUCAACUGCUCUGUAUUGGGGCCACCAAGAAAGAAAGUGGUAGUGCACCUGCAGAAGUUAGAUGUGGCAACUGAUGACUUCGGCAAUUCUGGCUUCUUCACUAUCAUUUACAAUCAAGGUUUUGAGGUUGUGUUAAAUGACUACAAAUGGUUUGCCUUUUUUAAGUAUAAGAAGGAAGGCCAAAAUGUGACGAGUUAUUGUCAUGAGACAUUUCCUGGAUGGGUACACGAUGUUCUGGGCAAGAACUGGGCAUGUUUCACUGCGAAGAAGCUUGUGACCACUGCUGAAAACGUACACUUGAAUGAGCUACCCCACAAGCAACAUAAGAAAAGGUUACAGGAACAUUACAGAAACAAUUAUGACUUUGUGAAUGCCAUCAACACUGCUCAGAACUCCUGGACUGCUACUGUGUAUGAGGAAUAUGAAAAAUUAAGUCUGGAGCAAAUGAUGAAGAGAAGUGGUGGCCGCAGUUAUCCAUUUCCCAGGCCCAAACCUGCACCAUUGACCUCUGAAAUACUUCAAAAAACUUCAACUUUGCCAAAAUCUUGGGACUGGAGAAAUAUUAAUGGUGUCAACUAUGUUAGCCCUGUUCGAAAUCAAGAAUCAUGUGGCAGCUGCUACGCAUUUGCUUCUAUGGGUAUGCUGGAGUCAAGAAUUCGUAUCCUAACCAAUAAUUCCCAGACACCAGUUUUAAGUCCCCAGCAGAUCGUGUCUUGCAGCAAAUAUUCUCAAGGCUGUGAUGGUGGCUUCCCAUAUCUCAUCGGGGGAAAGUAUGCUCAAGAUUUUGGGCUGGUGGAGGAGGAAUGCUUUCCCUAUCAGGGCACUGAUUCUCCAUGUACCCCAAAGAACUGUCUUCGCUAUUAUACAUCUGAGUACCACUAUGUGGGUGGCUUCUAUGGAGCCUCCAAUGAAGCCCUGAUGAAGCACGAGCUGAUUAAGAAUGGACCCAUGGUCAUAGCUUUUGAAGUAUAUGACGACUUCGUUCACUACAAGGGUGGGGUCUACCACCACACAGGCCUGAAGGACAAUUUCAAUCCCUUUGAAUUGACCAAUCAUGCUGUUCUUCUCGUAGGUUAUGGCACUGAUGAAAAGACUAGAGAGGAUUACUGGAUAGUUAAAAAUAGCUGGGGGCCCAAUUGGGGUGAGAAUGGCUACUUUAGAAUCCGCCGAGGCACUGACGAAUGUGCCGUUGAGAGCAUACCUGUGGCUGCCACACCAAUUCCCAUAUUGUGAGGCAUUUCUUCAUUUAUCUCACUCCAUCUGAAUAGAUUAACUCAGGAACAAUUUCAGAUUUCAUGAAAGCUUUUUUUUGAAAGCUUCUGUGUAGAAUGUGAUGAAUCAUUUUCUCUUAAAAACCAAAGGUGACCACUAAGCUCUAGCACCACUUUGGGUGUGGGUCUCUAUCAAAAGACCUUUUACCAAGAGCACUGUUAAAUUAUGUUUACAGGGUUAUAGAGAACUGUGGAGAAAUGAAUGUUAAUAGUCAUUUGUAAUUCAAAGAGAUAUUGUUAAAAAAAAAAAGUUGUGCCUUAUGUUUGUAAAACCACCAGAAUGUAUAAAAAUGGAUUUUGUUGUAUGAAUCACAGGGGGAGUGAUUGUGUUCAUUAAAAGGGAUUUUACUGCUUGACGAAUAUUCAAGUAAAACCUCAGGCAUGUUAUGGCUUAUAUAUUUCAGAAAAUUUUUAUACAUGGACUUUUAAAAAAUUACUUAUAUGACAGAGAGAAGCUAAGGGACUCUUGUGUAAUUCAUUUUCACAAUCAAAGCACUGGAUUAUUUACUGAGUCUGCAUGAUGAAUGUCUGUCCUCUUUCUUUGCCCCUUCCUUCACAGUAUUCAACAAUGCCUAGAGUGAUUUCAA